GACAAGACAGAGAGACGGAGAGACAGACGGCCGGAGUGACGAAGGGGAAUCGAGCUGUGGACAAACCGCACACUCCAAACAAAAAAAAAAAAAAAAAUUGAGGAGAGAAAGGCAGGGUCAGUGUGGAUCGUUUUCAGGGAAUAUCCUGCACCACAUCGUGUUUGUUUUCUCUUUCUGCCUCGUCUUCCCCUCCUCUCACAUCUCCAUGCUUUGCUUUGGGAUUUGUGUUCCAAAUCCAUCAAAUUCUUCUCUUGAUCUGUGCGCUUGUGAUCUGAAACUAAUCUUUUCCAGAACUUUACAACCCAACAAACUGACACAGACAUUUGCAGAACUUCACUCGGACUAAGAAAAAGAAAAAAACACACAAAAAAAACCCAACACAAAGCUCUGGGAUGAAUUUAACCGAGCCCAGCUUUACUAGAGAGACCCUGCUGCAUCCCAGCCGGGUCUCUGUGGAGGAUCCUUGGACGUCCGGGACCCCGAGUCCGGCCUCUGAUUCUGAAAUGGGCUUUGAGCAGAACCUCUCCGGGGACUGCAGCUCUCCUGAUGGUCUGAGGAGAACCGAACCCAGGAUUUGUCAGAGCGCAGAUGGGAGCAGGGGAGGUGUGUCGGCGGACGGGAAGGCCGUUGGGGGAGACCAGAGGAUCCGCAGGCCCAUGAACGCCUUCAUGGUUUGGGCUAAAGAUGAGAGGAAGAGGCUGGCUCUGCAGAACCCAGACCUGCACAACGCUGUCCUCAGCAAGAUGCUUGGUCAGUCAUGGAAGGCCCUAAGCGCAUCAGAAAAGCGUCCGUUUGUCGAAGAAGCCGAACGUCUGCGAGUCCAGCACCUUCAGGACCACCCGAACUAUAAGUACCGUCCUCGCCGCAAGAAGACCACCAAAAAACUGAAACGAGUUGAACCGGGACUCCUGCUGCACAGUUUAGCCCAGGGAGGGACACCUGGCCUGGGGUUAGGGCCUGGAAUCAACCCCCUGGGUGCAGAGAGCAUCUCUGGGGGGUCUGCGUAUGGACAUCCAGGGGCCCCUCCUCCACACCACCAUCACCCCCAUCACCUGCUGCCUUCGCUGGGACACUUCAGGGACCUGCAGGCCCCCGGACUCUCCGAGCUGGAGAGUUACGGUCUACCCACUCCGGAGAUGUCCCCGCUGGAUGUUCUGGAGGACGGAGGCGGGGAGUCUGUGUUUUUCCCCCAACACAUGCAGGAUGAGGCGGGGAUGGGCGGGUGGAACGGGUACCACCACCAUCUCCAGCACCACAACCAGAACCAGAACCAGCACUACAGCCACCACUACAACAGCCACGGCCACCAUAACCCCAUCCACAGUGCUCCGGCUCACGGUCAGGGUUUAAACUCCAGUUUGAGUCCGGGUCGAGGAUCCAGAAUGGAUUCUAGAAUGAGUUCUGACUCUGAUAUGAGUUCUGGUUCCGCCCGGUUAAACCCAUCCCAUGUUCCGGGCCACCACAUCACCUUAAGGAGUCCAGUAAAGUGUCCUCCACCUGACUCCACCUCUCCUGGGUCUUACCCGUCGAUCAGCCUCCCUGAACCGGUCAAACCCAACCAAAGCGUCGCUUACUUUAACCACAUGUACUCCACAGGCCCCACCUCCAACUCCGCCCACUUCACCCCAUCUCACUUGGGUCAGCUCUCUCCUCCACCUGAAACCUCCUCGUGUUCCUCAGCGUUCCUCCACCCGUCACAUCCGGACGCCUCCGGCCACGUGACUCCUUCCUCUGCUGAGUUCUGGUCUGAGGUGGACCGGCACGAGUUCGACCAGUACGUCAACGUCAGGAGGAGUCGAGACGAGGCUUACGGAGUGGGCGGGACCUGUGGAGGUGGAGCUAAGGUCCUGAGUGGGCGCAGCAGCGGUGUGGGCGGUAGCAUUAACAGUAUGAUUAGCAGAGAUGUGGUUCUGUCUGGGGGUAGUGUUUGUGACGACGGCAGCAGUCCUCUUAUAUCUGCUCUGUCUGAUGCUAGCAGCGCCGUCUACUACAGCGCCUGCAUCAGUGGAUAACUCAUCUCCUCAGAACUGAUAAUUAAGAAACAUUUAGCUCUUUAAGUCAACUAAAAAAGUCACAUUUAUCUACAGCUGUGGAAAAAAUGAAGAUCCCACUGGUUUUCCUUUGUAUAGAUAUAUGUGUUUUGCUGAUUUUAGAAACUACUGACGACAUGUUCCCUGAAUUCUAAACCAAAUUUAGAACAUUUAUCUGCAGAAAACAACACCUGGAGCAAAAAAACGUUGUAGACUUUAACCCAUAAAGACCCAAACAACCACUAGCAACCAAAACUAUCCACCACUAUAAAAUAUUUAAUAACUUCUGAUCCACUAAUCCUAUUAAUACAUGUAAAAAAUUAGUGUAA